ACAGCUGAGCGAGCAAGGCCUCCCUGUUUUGAACGUCUCUAUUUUGAAUGUUGCCAUGUACCUGCCUUCGUGAAACUCUUGACGUUAUGAUGAAAUUCUAGAAGUUACCUCAAAAAUGGCAAAUGUUUAUUAUAUUAUAUCCAUUAUAUAUACCCUUUUCCAAUAAGCCAGAAUUAGUGGCUAUUUUAAAGAGCUUCACACCAAACAGCUGAUCACUUUCCAAAGAGUGCAAGUAAGUAGUGAGAGAAGAAGAGAGCGACGCGCCGCGUACUGGUAUUUGUGAGUGCUUGUAAAAAUCGCAUACUACCAUGGAUUGUACGAAUCUCACGUUCACGUACACAAAACGAGCCCCCAAUUCGGAGAGAAGAGCGAGUAAAGUAUUGAGACUGUGUGCGUGAGUCUAUCGAAAAUUAGCACACCAGCGUAUGUUUCCUCUCAGUAAGUCACACAGAUGGAUCGAGUGGGUUUGGGAAGUCAAAUGGGCCGAACGCUAGAUUAGUCGCAAAAAGACUGUUCACAGGAAGGAAUAUCAAAUUGGAAGAAAUAUGUAAUAUUAUUUUAAAAUACUAGAUAUUAAACUGUGCUGUGUUAUGAAAUAUGUGUGGAACGACCAUAUAAACAAUGACAAUGAAUCAAAGUACAGUGUAUGCACUGCGUGUCAAGGCUGAGCAAAGCCUUAUACACAUUUUGUGGUAAUUUUCCAUCGGUUUCUGGUUUGUUUGUCAAUAACAAAGUGGAUUCUUUGGAAGAGGGGAAAUGUCGAAUGCGGUGAUGCCGGGAAGAGAGAUGCACAAGCCACGCGAUCGGUAUAGUUGGUUGGUUGAUGGACUAUGGAAUGGGUGGGAGUAGGAGGGGCCAGUAAUGAUAGUGGGAAGGCGAGAGCGAACCGGGUCAAAUCAGCGAUAGCUCACCCAGAUUCCAAUAAAUCGAAUUCAAAAUCUUGUUAUCGUUAUCGGACAAGAGUUGGGCUACAAAUUCCGUUUUCAUUGAUUCAGUUCAGUGUAGAUUUCCACUUCACAUAAGCCAGUAGCAUACACUUAUGGCUAAGUUAAUAAAUGAUAUCAGUAAACUCAUUGAUUCCUGCAGAGGUCGAAUGGUUUUGAUGGAGGCGUUAUGCCAAGCUGCCAAAUUGGUGGCAGGAUACCAAAUCAAGCAAUGUUCCAAUGUCUGCUUAGAAAACUCUGGUGAGCCACCCGUGCUCCAGUACACUCUGGACUGCGAACUGAACGACUAUGAACCGGAUCGCAUUACGGCUGUAUUGGUGGUGAUGUCCAAUGCGGUGGAUCUGCUUUUCUAUCCCGUCGACAAACUUUUGUGGCUGGCUAAGCAUGUCAGAAAACAGGAAUCCUGGCGCUAUGUUAACUCCUUACUUUGCAUGCUCUCUGUUUACCUAAAUGUCGUGAGAUCAUCAAGGACUUUCUCACUAAAAGGCUAUAAACUAAGUUACCUGAAUGUUUUGUCCCUUGCUCGCCUCUUGGUCGAUCUGGUUCACACCAUCUGCUUUGUGACAAGGGGUAACCUGUGGAGCAUAAAGCAUUCAUUCCUUUACAUGAUAGCUUUUGGGACUGUUUCCACGGGACUGGGAAUGUGUCAGAUCUUGACGGAAGACAGCUGACAAGUAGAAGGUUUUACCAUUGAAUCCGAUUUUGGUGAAUGAAAUUUACAGAUAGCCGUUAUCAUAUUUUUGGCACGCUGAUAUUGAUAAGAAAUUUAUAUGAGCCUUCAGUUGGUAAUCGUGUAUUAAUGUGUACAAAUAAAAUAAUUUUAAAUACAUUUACAUUACAUCUACAUUUAAAUUUGUUUUAAUGUUUGUGCAUUUUCUUGUUAUUGCAAAUGUAAACGCAAUAGUUAUCAAAAAAAUGCCUAAUCAGAGGAACAAAUAAUUUUAAAAUAUUUUAGCUAUUCCGCUCUGAAACUAUAGUCCAUUAAAAUCGACCACCUCUAGCUAUCUUAACGCUAAGAGUGCGGGUUUAUUUAUUCUUUAUUAUUUUAAUUAUUUAUUUCAAUUUUAGAACCACAUUAUUUUCUAGAAUAUCUAAAGCAAACAAGAGAGAACGCUAUAGUCGAGGUCCCCGACUAUCUGAUACCCGUUACUCAGCUAGUGUAAGUGCGAAGGAGAGUCUUCAACACUGACAGUUUUUGGCGGUUUGUGGGCGUUAGAGUGG